AUGCUCUACACAGCGCCCACCCUCCGAACCGCAGCAAUGAGCUGCCGGUUGCAACCCACACUCCUUACAACCAGUUCGUUCCAUACCAGUACACAUACCCCUCUCCGAGUACAAGACUCUUCCUCUACAUGCCGAGUGCCCCUCUCAAAACGCCAUGUAUCUUUCAAGAAACCCGCAAUAUGCACCAGCUCCAUCUCAGUCAGAUAUGCCUCUUCAGUCCCCAAUCCUUCACCAAUUACAGCAGCAUCUACAAAUACAACUAGACCCGCAAAACCAAGUCCCCGGCCUUCAGACCAAGAACGUCUAUCCUGGAACACAUUCUUCACGCUCCGCAAGACUCGGCGACGCUACCAACUCGGCUCCUCCAUAACCACAUCCCUCACCUCGUUCGUAGGCGGCGCUGAGAUCCUACUCGCCUCGGACAUGGACUCACUAGUCUCGCAAUUCCCCCUCGAUCCCUUCAUCACGUUGGGUAUCAUAACUUUCCUGUGUGGCGGGGCUGGAUGGCUGGUUGGGCCUAUUGUGGGGACGAGUAUGUUCAAUUGGCGGAAUAGGGGCGUGAGAGACCAGAUGGAUCAGAAGGAGAGGGAGUUUUAUAGGAGGAUCAAGAAGUUUAGGGUUGAUCCGAGCGCGAGCAGUGCGGCGAAUCCAGUGCCUGAUUAUUAUGGAGAGAAAAUUGGGAGUGUAGCCGACUAUCGACAGUGGCUGAAGGAUCAGAGAGCGUUCAACCGGAAACGGAGUCAUUUUGUUUGA